ACUUGGGCGGAGGAAGAGAGGGGUGAGGAGAACUACCAGCCACUCCCCUUCUAACCUUUUCUCACCAACUCGCUUCUAGAAAAACUCUCUCCCAAACUCCUACCCCUUCCGGUCCUUUCAGCCGGAGUCAAACGCCUAUAAAUCCCCAUCCCCCUUCCAAGAGAGAGCUUACACUGCACGCAUAGAAGAGGGAAGAGUGAGUGAGAGAAAGAGAGAGGAAGUUGGGUAAAAAAAAACACUAAAGAGUCAUGGGAAGGUCUCCAUGCUGCGAGAAAGCCCACACCAACAAGGGGGCAUGGACUAAGGAGGAGGAUGAGCGCCUCAUCGCCCACAUCCGAGCCCACGGCGAGGGCUGCUGGCGCUCCCUCCCCAAGGCCGCUGGCCUCCUCCGGUGCGGCAAGAGCUGCCGCCUCCGAUGGAUCAAUUACCUCCGUCCUGACCUCAAGCGGGGCAACUUCACCGAAGACGAAGACGAGCUCAUCAUUAAGCUCCAUAGCCUCCUUGGUAACAAAUGGUCUCUGAUAGCUGGAAGACUGCCAGGAAGGACAGACAACGAGAUAAAGAACCACUGGAAUACUCACAUCAAAAGGAAGCUUUUGAGUCGAGGAGUAGACCCGACAACCCAUCGGCCGAUCAACGAGCAUGCUUCUUCCAACAUAACCAUCUCCUUCGAGAGGAGAGAGGAGAAGGGUGCUGGGUUUGGACAUGAGGAGAGGAGCAGCAGUGAGGAGUCAUCGACAUGGCGGCAGCAGCAGCUGAAGUGUCCAGACCUUAAUUUAGAGCUUUGUAUAGGCCCUCCCGUCCAACAAGAGUCAUUGGAGCCUGUGAAGAGGGAGGGAACCCUCUGUUUCAGCUGCAGCUUGGGGUUGCAGAAGAGCAACGAGUGCAAGUGUAAUGGCUUCCUUUGCCUCAGCACUGCAGUGCUAGAUUACCGAAGCCUAAAGAUGAAUUGAUAUAGAGCAAGGAGUAUUUCAGAAUUUUAAACUUUAGAGGUUAGAGGGAGAUCAGGGAGGAAAUAUCAAGAGCUUGCAUCUUGAGGGACUCUUUAUUUUCUCUUCUUUCUGUUUUGUAUAAUUAUUACAACAAAUAAUAGUAGAUGUCUCUGAUUAUUCAUAAAAAU